GCUUCGCCAGCGCGGAGAGCGUCUGCAGCGUCUGCGCCCGUGGCUGCGACGGGAAACAUCUGUCGGCGGCGCAUCUGCGUGUUGUGUGUUUUGGUUCUGCUCGGACAAGGGCAAGGGACGACGACGAAGAGUGCGUUCCCUCACGUGCGCGUGUGGUGUGUGAGCUCUCUGUUGGCGGCGUCGCUUCUCACGGCACGCUCCGGCUGCGGGCAUGAUGCGCGCGGCUGCCGCGGGAUUCGGAUGGAGCGCGGCUGACGCCGAGGCGGCUGCGACAACGGGCCCGUCGUCGUGCGGUGCCAGCGGCGGACGCCGAGGUGCCGGCGGAUCGUCGACGUCGUCGACGCCGACGUCCCAGCAGCGCGACGCCGACCAGCGUGCCAAGGCGAUGCUGCGCGAGGCGGUGGACGCCGUAGUGGAGAGCUUCGCCCGGGGCCCCCAGGGCUGCAGCCGAGUGAACGUGGUGGAGGCCCUGCAGGAGUUCUGGCAGAUGAAGCGUCCCGGCGAGCCUGUGACGUACGAGCUGGUUCCUUCCUGCAGCCCGCCCUACGUGUGCUACGUCACGCUACCAGGUGGCAGCUGCUUUGGCAGCUUUCAGAACUGUCCGACCAAAGCAGAAGCUCGUCGUAGUGCUGCCAAAAUCGCCCUGGUCAACUCUGUCUUCAACGAACACCCCAGCCGUCGCAUCUCGGACGAGUUUGUCGCCCAGGCAGUGCACGAUGCCAGGGCUUCAUUUGGCGGAAGCCAGGGAGUGGAGGCGUUCCGCUUCAUGCUCGAGGCGAACAGAGGGCGCACCAUGCUCGAGUUCCAGGAGCUGAUGAGCGUCUUCCAGCUGCUGCACUGGAAUGGCUCGCUGAAGGCGAUGCGCGAGCGCCAGUGCUCGCGUCAGGAGGUGCUGGCGCACUACUCUCGCCGGCCGCUCGACGACGAGCUGCGCACCCAGAUGGCGCUCGACUGGGCAGCACGUGAGCGCCAGCUGGGGCCCACGGGCCGCGUCGCUGCCGAGGCUGCAGCCGCUCGUGCCGAGCUCGAAGCAGCACGCCUCGCCGGCCGCGAGUUGCGCUUCCCGCUCGAGAAGCAGCGUAUCCUUGCAAUGGCGGCGCGCAUGAGUGCCGACGGCCCAACCGUGGCCUUGAGCCCCUGAUGAGCGCACGUCAUGGCAGUCUGUGGUGGCUGCCACUGUGCUUUAUUCCAGACAGAGAGAGAGUGACUUUAGCUGGACUACGCAGCCAAUAGUCACCCUAAUGCCGUAGCAUGAUCCGUCCGUAUGGCCCAUUCAAGUGCCUAAUGGCCCGGAGUUUUCGGAGUGUCGGGAGUGCACAGCAGCGACCUCAACUGCCUCCGGGUGGCCAGUGGCACCUGACAACCUGCUUCUCGGUGAAGGCUGGAGGAUUGUCCGAUCUCUACUGCCAUUUGCGCAAUGCGGUGCCGUCUGGGCGUGCAGGUUGUUGGAUGCGGUCAUCUUGCCCUUUCAAGUGUCUUUGCUGCUACUACCCACUGCUAAGCUGCUGUUGCUGUGGUGGAUGGUUAUGGGCUUGCAACAAGCUUCGGUACGUCCCCUCUCUCUCCCCCCCUGUCAAUGCAGAAGGCUGUUUAGGUACACACUGGAGUGUCUGCAUUCAGAAAACUUGACUCUGCUGGAGAACAAAUGGAAGGCAUGAUCUGUGCCAUUACCUGUUGAUACUCAACACAAGCUAUAUAUUCAACUUCUUUUUCAAGUACAUAUUUGUUGACAACCAGUGAUGGCUGGAAGAAAUUCAGCUCAGCUUAGCUGGUGUGGUUGUAAUGAUGGACAUCACAUGUGCGUCACAUGGCCAUGCUCAUAGUGAUGGGCUUUAAUUAAAACCUUUGGAGGCUGUGUUCAAAUUGUUAAUUGCAUUCAGCCAAGCCCUGCGAUCUGUGACUAGGACCGUCUGAAGGCUGGCUGUGCCGCCUUCCCAACUUUAACAAGUGCCUUGGGUAGCAAAGUGUCAACCAAAGCAUCAAAUCUUGUAUUCUGUUUGAGCUAAGCGCACAGCAAUACAAAUAGUACUUUUUUGUACUUCAUGUGCCAGUUGAGAUGUGAUGAACUCUUCAAGCAAUAGCAGACAAAAGAAAGCUACCCUCCGUCUCAUCAAUUCCGCACGGUUAACCGAAGACUAUGAUUCGGGUCAGCCAACCAGUAGUGAGAGCUGUCUGCGUGUUAUGAGAAUGGAGCUCACCGAUUUUGCAUCGUUGGUCUUUACAGGCAACUUCAGUCGCCGUUUCGCAAAGUGCAAUGAGUGAUAGAAAAUGAAAGAGCGCUUCUUCUGAUUUUGAAAUCGAGAGUAUGAUGGAAUCCCGUCAGGUUGGGACAGAACAUGAAGGAUGAAGAUAAACGACUGUCCAAAAAAGAUUUAGCAGUGUUAAUGUUUUGGCUCCCACAUAGGAGACUAGUUCACAGUGAGAAUAAGAAGUGAUGAAACAGUUGCUUAAGUAUGUCAUACAAAGUGACCGAGACACUUAUAGGUGGCGAUUUACCAUCGUUACCAUGGUAGACAUUCUUAACUGAAAUGAUGGUAAUUUGUCGCCUGUAUAUGCUAAGUGUUUCAGCCAUAUUAUGUGAUGUACUUUAAGCGACUAUGUUGUCACUUUUUAGUCUCACUGCGAACAAGUCUUCUAGGUGAGAGCCAAAACAUUAUGAUUACUAAAAAAUCUUUGUUCGAUGUUUGUCUUAUCUUUGGUCUUUUGUUUCUCUGCUCUGGUUGGCUGAUGUGACCGAUAAGUUUCGCUGCAUUGUGCAAAAUUGGUGGGAUGAAGUAUGGGCUUUGGAGCCACACUCCUCUAGCAGUUCUUGCAUUUUUACAGAGAGCUACUGGAUUAUCUGUUAAAUAAAGUUGCUGUAAUGCCUCUAGUGACUCUCAUUAGCACUAGCAUAGCUUUUAGUAUAAUUCUCUACAUCCAUGCAGUAUAAUUCUCUACAUCCAUUCUCUACAUCCAUGCUUUAUGUGCCAAUUCAUAAAAGUUCUGCAGUAUGCAGGGCUGGAUGUCCUGUAGGUGCUGUGUAAUUGUGGCAAGGGUUAUGAGGAGGCUCAUCUAGUGUCACAGUUACUGUUGUGAUCUCGUCUAUCUGCUCAUUACAUUACUCGACCAUUGCUGACUCAUGGUCUAGUUGCUUGAUUCAUCAGAUGAAUGUUGGGUUUGAGGGUGAGGCUUUUUAUUACCAUGUCUUAAGCACUUGUAAGGACCAGCAAAAAAAAAAAAAAAAAAAUGGGCAUGGACAUUUUCCCAUGGCCGACUUGACACAUCCACUGCCAUGCAUAGUGCCAACUUCUUGGCCUCUUAUGAGCCUAGUUCAUUUUUUUUUCUCUUUUUACGCUGGUGUAGUGAAUUCACAUCCUAUCAUCAGCACAUAUAGACUUAAGUUUGGCUUUAUAUGACUGUUUUUCACUUAACGCUGACAUGGAAGAGGAAGGUUUGGCACACUUUUGUAUAUUGUCACCUGACCAUAUCCAUUAACCAAGAGCUCUGACACCAAAAGGGGACAGUCAGUUUUCAAGGACUUCUAGCCUGAAAUAUUGGCUAUGACUUGUAACCUCACUACACUGCUCACUAUUCACUGUUGAAUGAAAUGACAGUGAUUUGUCGAAGGGAAAAUCUGUCCGUGCUGAUGUAAUGUGUUUAAAACUUACAUACCCGAUUUUAUAAAAUCAACCGGCACCCUAUUGAAAAUAUGCAUGAGAACUUGAAAUUUGUUCAUGGUGGUAAUUUGCAAGAUUCAGUAAUAAUGGGUAAUUGGUAGAUUUGGGCUCUUAUAAGCAGUGUUCUAGUGUGUAUCAAACGCUAGAACACUGAAUAGGCAUCAUGUGUAUACAAACGAGCAUGCUUUCAUGUUGUGUUCUUUAGCUGUGAUUUUAAAGGAACACUAAGAAGAAAUACCAACUCAAGCUAGUUUGGUAGAUUUCACUUAUGAAAUUGCGAACAGGGCAGUUUUAUUGUGACCAAAGAUUCAAUGAGCCAGGAAGCCAGAGAAGCCACAAAAGCGAGAAGGGUAUCAACACCAUAUUGAAAUUGUCAUGCCAACUCGCUGUGAUGUCGUAGAUUUUCACAGCGUUUCUUCAGUGCUGGCAAAUUGUUUAUCAAUGAACAGUUUUAGUAUGACGUACACAAUACCCUCGUGUAUGCUAGGCAUGCGCAGAAUGCUAUGAAAAGCUUUGCGGGUUACAUAUACACGGUAACUUUUGGAUUUAGCAUUGCAGGCCUUGCCUAGUUAGCGUGGCUAAUGUUACAACAUCUCAGCACCGAGGUCACACACUAUUAUCCGAAAUGGGUCUUGUUACUUGCUCUUUGUCAUUCCAGCAAAACAUAAAUGUUGAAAUAAUCUUUUGCUUAGUCUUAUCUCUUCUCGAGGACCAAGCAUUGGUGAUGUUUUGUCGUGAUUAUUGAGAUCAGCCAUGUGUUCUAGUGCUGCCAGGCCUAACAGGCACUUGAUGGGAAAGUAGUUUGGCUUUUGUAUACCAGAUGGCGCCACCACAAUCUG